GGGAAUUGAGAUCACAGAAGCAUUGCGACUACAGAUGGAAGUUCAGAAGCGUCUGCAUGAACAGCUUGAGAUUCAAAGAAAUCUGCAGCUGCGUAUAGAAGAACAAGGGCGAUACCUCCAGGAGAUGUUUGAGAAGCAGUGCAAGUCAAUUCCUGGCGUGGACUUGGCUAAAGGCUCAUCAUCCACUGCAGAUGAUGCCUUUGCACAAUUGUCAGAUGCCGUUCAAAGUUCCUCCUGCAAAAAUGAUCCUGGAGUGUCACAGGUUGAUAUUCCUAAAGAGGUUGAUGAGAAGCAGAAAAAGCGGGAAAAAGAAGUUGGAGAUCCUGAGACAAAUAAAACCAGCACACCUGAUUCACCACCUUCAAAGCGCUCUAAAUUGGAUGAAUAAGCCUCCGUAGAUCACAAAACAUUUGGUAGGAUAGUUAUAUUUUGAUGCUUGGAACAUCACAACCUUGAGUAGAACAAAGUUUGGCUCGCGAAGGAGAUAAAAAUACCAUGGUGUUCUUUUCAUGGAAAUACUCCGAUGAUCCUAGGUGUAUCCUCUCAUUUGACAUGGAUCAUAAAGAAAUAUCAACUUUUGAUGUUAGAUUGUCAAUAUGUGUCAUUCUAGAGUUAACGUUGGAAGGAGAACGAGGAACUGUUGGUCCUCCUAAUGUCUAUUUCUUGUUCAGUAAGGUUUGAGGUGCCAAGAUUCUUCCCCCCAUCAUUUGAAAAUGUGUCUGGGUAAUGAGUUGUCUGGUUACAGUGUAUGUAUCUGGAAUGGAAGUAGUUCUUAUUGCUUGGAUUCUCACCAGUUGCAUUAUGUAGUCUUUGUUAAAGA